ACUCCCUCUCCUCCUUCAUUUCACCUGUGCACAAAACCCCGCCUCCAAGAGCGAGACUGAGAGGAGAGAGAAAAUAAGCUUGAAAACCCUCCAACAAUGGCAGCACCAGCAGCCCAAGCCCCAACCACAACCCACGCCGUCCAAUGUUUCGGGCGCAAGAAGACCGCCGUCGCAGUAACCCACUGCAAAACCGGGCGUGGCCUAAUCAAGAUCAACGGCACACCAAUCGAGCUCGUCCAGCCAGAGAUCCUCCGCUAUAAGGUGUUCGAGCCAAUCCUUCUACUCGGCCGUCACAAAUUCAAUGGCGUCGACAUGAGGAUUCGCGUCAAAGGAGGAGGUCACACUUCUCAGAUCUACGCCAUUAGACAAAGUAUUGCUAAGGCUCUAGUUGCUUACUACCAGAAGUUUGUUGACGAGCAGCAGAAGAAGGAAAUCAAGGAUAUUCUCAUCAGGUAUGAUCGUACUUUGCUUGUUGCUGAUCCUCGUCGUUGUGAGCCCAAGAAGUUUGGUGGUCGUGGUGCUCGUUCAAGAUUCCAGAAAUCUUACCGUUAGAACAAUGUUUUGGUAUGGCGAAGCAGAGAGAAAAACCCUAAUUUUGUCUGUUUUUUGUUUGAACUGAAUUCGUAUUUGUUAUGGAAUUGAGCUCUUGUUUUCGCAGUUUAAACCUUAAUUUUGGUUUAGUUAUUAUCGUUGGAUUUUGAUGAGUA